AUGCUGGAUUCUACCCUGUCCACUAUUGAGUCCAAGGUAGACGAAUGCCGGGAUUUGUUAGAACAGCUUGUGGAAUCUGUCAUAGGCUGCAACAUUCAGGACGAGCUCACCGGGCUCGAGUAUAGCAAAGUAUUUGCCACUAUCGCAUUCACCUUUUGUUCGCUGCAUUACGUCCAAGAGAAACUGAACGGGCACAACCCUGCCGACUAUCCAGUAUCUCGUGACUUGUUGCGUGUAAAGGAGUACAUGAAGGAAAUUAACGACAUUAUGCUCCGAGAGAAACGCCCGAGGAUAAAUCUCACGGCAGCACGCAAAAUCGUUCGUUCUACAACGCAGCGAUCUGCUUCCGACGUUUCUUCUCAGAAUUAG